AUCAAGUGGUGAAUCUAACUGCUCUGCAGAAAGAAAUAGAAGUGCUCAAGGCAAAGCGAGAAGAUGGGCAAAGAAGGAUUUGCAGAGAAGAGUUUACAGGACGUCGUGAAAGGCUUUCUCUGGUCCAGGCUGUGUCUUUGUGGGUUCUGCUCUAGAAAUGUGAGAUUGAGCUAUCUUUAUGGAAAAAGUGUUGUUAUGAUGCUGAAGGAGGUUGAGAGUCUCAGUUCUCAAGGAGAGUUUUCUGAGGUGACUGAGACAAUUUCGGUGGCUAAGGUGGAUGAGAUGCCUGUUCAACCCACCAUUGUUGGUCAAGAAACAAUGCUCGAAAGGGUAUGGAUUCAUCUCAUGGAAGGAGGAGUCGAGAUUGUGGGUAUGUAUGGCAUGGGUGGAGUAGGCUGCUUUGAGGUUAUCAUAUGGGUUGUGGUGUCUAAAACUCCAGAGAUCCAUAGGAUUCAAGGAGACAUUGCCAAAAAGCUAGGCCUUGAUGGGGGAGAGGAGUGAGACCAAAAGAAUGAAACCAGAGAGGCCUUGAUAUACACAAUGUCCUCAGGAGGUGAAAGUUUGUGCUGUUGCUGGAUGAUAUAUGGGAGAAAGUGAAUUUGAAAGCCGUUGGAGUCCCACAUCUAAGCACGUCUCGUUCUAGAGAUGUUCCGCAGCAGAGCAACUUUGAAACCGCUUAUAUCCUCAGACAUUGUAGUUUCUUGUUAUGGUAGUUUUUGUCUUGGCCUUGGGUUCCUGACUAGGAGUUUGCUUUG